UUUUAAUGAUUCGCUUGUGUGUAUAUGUUGUAUGCCUACAUGAGUAAUAUAAAAAGAUUGAUCAUUGAACUUGUUCAGAAGAGUAUAUUACAUAAGAUUCAAUUGUGUGUAUGACGGCUACGAUUUGUGACAGUUGUACCGUAUAGUUAAAAAACCGUGAACGGCAAAUGUCAGCUUGAUCAGUAUAACGACUAACCUAUAGACGUGUUCAGCUAUGGAACUUACAGAGACUCAGAUAAAAUGUUUGAUAAAUGAGGAAAAUUUUAAUAAUUUGAGUGAAGAUUCUUUUGAGAAGAUAUUGCAAAUUGCCUUAUCUCACGUGUGUGGCCGCUUCAAUACUCAGGAUCUCUCACAAAUAGACAGCUCUAAACCUGACAUAGUCAAAACUGCAUAUGCUGAUAUAACAAAGUUACUCAUGGAGAGUGCUAGGAAUAAUGCAACUGUAGAAGAGUUGAGAACUUUAUUGAAUUAUACUGAUUUAAACAAGAUUUUGAUCAAUUCAUUUUGUGAUGCUUACGAAAACCACCAGAAAGAAAUUCAAGAAAAUUUAGAGACUGUUGGAAAUAGUUUAUCACAUAUUGUUGAUGUAGAAUGGCAAUUAGAUUAUUGCAUAAAGUCUAAUGUACACAACCCUGCAGGAAUUAUAAAUUACCAUCUAUCUCUAAGUACCAUGAAAAAUGGAACAAUAGAGCAUAUUAAAUUUACCUGUACACAACAACAACUACAAGAAUUAGUCUAUAAAUUGAAAGAUGCUACAAGGCAUGUGGAAAAGUUAACUAGUUCUUAGAUAAAA